AUGUCAAAUGAGAAAUCUUUUAAAGACACAGACUCUCUUAAAAAUUCUAGAUUAAAAGAAGCUAAAGAUACUAUAGUAGACACUUCUAAUUUUGCCUUAGAAGCCGUAAGUAAUAUAGGAGAAGCUGUUGGACCUUAUCUUCCUUUGAUAACAGCAGUAGCUUCACUUACACAACAAAUCGUAAAAGCAUAUGAAAGUGCUCAAUAUAAUAAGAAAUCAUGCGCGGUAUUGCUUGAAAGAGUACAAGCAGCUGAAAUAGCCGUUCAAGCAUUAAAUCGGCGUAAACAAGAAAAUGAAAAAAAUUUUCGCAAUCAAUCAUAUUAUUAUUCCUUUGAAAGAUUUGUUGCUAUUCUGAGAGAAAUUAAAGGAUUUAUUCAAGAUGUAACUCAUUUAUCUGGCUAUGAAAAUUUAUUUCAAGUGUUCACAUUAAAGAAAGAUUUCAACAAUUAA